AAUACAUUAUUUGGAUAAUGUACAUCCUUAUCGAUCCUUUGUAUGAUCUCUAGUUUGGUGGCCUUCUAAAUUGAUCGAAUGCACAAGUUUUAGUCUUCAUUGGUGAGCUUUCAAGAUUUUGUAAAUCGAAUGUCAUAUUGUCGUGUACAAUAUGUAUGCCCAGCUGCCAUAAUUGGUGGUUAACGACAUAAAAUAACUUUUUUUUUUUUUUUUUUUUUUUUUUUUUUUACAAAUACUAAUAUUAUAUUCUCGGCCUAUUUAGUGGUGCUUGUUAGUUUAAAUGAAAUAUCGUUAUAGAAUUAUUUGGUUAGCAAAAUCAUAAGAAGUCCUACUUUUUACGAAGUUACAUACUUUCUACAAAAGAAAGUUGUUAAAAUAGGUAUUAGGCCCACCCUACUACUUAAUUAAGUAAGUAGAAUUUCUCAUGGGAGACUCUUAUUCUGCUCAACAAAAUAACAUUUUUGCUAUAGAAAAAAUAUAUAAGUACAUUGAAAAUAAUUUAUCCUAGGAAAUUUGCUUCAUAAUUUUUUACAAAUUUUUGAUUAACGUAUCUAUGGACUACUCCCUUCUUGUUUAUAUGUUACUUGUUAGUCUUAUUUCAUUCUUUGUACAAUUUACACUUUAAAGUUUAAAAUACUAUAAAUGUAUCAAUAUACGAAGUAUAUAUGAAUCAAACGAGGUCUCAUACUUUCACGUGUGCAAUGUAUGUGUUUUAUUUUCUUAUAUUGACUAAAUUAAAUAUCAUCAAGGAUUAAGGUUUAAUCAGAGUUCUUUUUUAAUUCAUUGCCUUAAAAAAAAAAAAAAAAAAUCACCCAGAAAUAGCGUAAACCACUUGAUUUUCCAUGAGCUGGAAUAUAUUCAACGAACCAAAAAUUGCCGACAAUUAAGAUCCUCAUUUGGCACUCCGCACAUGAUAUAAUCUGACGACCAGCCCAUUUAAUUUGCAACGUUGUUAAUACAACACAAAUAAACAAUAAAAUUUUCUAACAAUUAAAAAAGACAAGUAGACAACACGGUGUGAAUAGGUUGUUUAAAAUGGCUCGUUCCAUCAAAUGAACUUCUAUUUAUAGAAGAGGGUUUUGGCCAAUAUUAAUUAAAAGAAAGGAAAGAAAAAAAGAAGAGCACUUAAUUAAAAGAAAGCUAGAAAUUAAAAGCAAAUGAGAAUGGAGGAGUUUUUCCACAUGACUACAGGUGAUGGGGAGCUCAGUUAUGCUAAAAAUUCUUCUGUUCAGAGGGAAGCGUUGUCAAUGAACCAAGAUAUAUUAGAGAGCACAAUUCAAUCUCUAAUUUCAGAGCAAAUUGGCUUAUCUAAAGGUCUUAAUAUAGCUGAUUUAGGAUGUGGCGUAGGCCCAGCUCCUUUGACUCUAAUAUCAUUAGUGAUGGAAGUUGUGCAAAGGAAGUGCAAGGAAUUGAAGCUCAAUAAUGAAACUCAUCAUCAAGUGUCUAAACUUCAAAUGUACAUGAAUGACCUUCCCUCAAAUGAUUUCAACUUAUUGUUCAAAGAUUUGCUCAGUUUGAAGGUAUUAAAAAGAAAAGAUGAUGGCGUGCCCUUGUGCUUCGUGAUGGGUGUACCUGGUUCCUAUUAUGACGUACUUUUUCCUUGCAACACUUUGCAUUUUGUUCAUGCAAAUUACACUCUUCACUGGUUGUCUAAGGCACCACCAGGACUUUAUGAUGAGCAGGGCAUGUCAAUAAACAAGAGGAACAUUUAUAUAUCCGAAACAAGUUCUAGACCAGUUGCUAUAGCUUAUCGGGAUCAAUUUGAGCAAGACUUCAUCCAGUUCCUCAAAUGCCGCUCGAAAGAAGUGGUAACCAACGGGUCUAUGCUCUUGACCCUUCGAGGUCGACCAUGUUCUUCAGACUCGUUCACUUGGACAUCAUUUGAGUUCAAAAUCUUUAUUAAGGCUCUUACUUGCCUUGUUUCCGAGGGAUUGAUUAAUGAAGAAAUGCUCGACAAUUUCGAUUUCCCUUGCUAUUUCGCAAACACAGAGGAACUUGAAAGCAUAGUGAAAAAGGAAGGGUCAUUUGAAUUUGAAAUUUCAAGGACAAUGGUACUUGAUAUAGCACCUGAAGUUGAAGACAAAUGGGAACGAGCUCAAAUCAUUUCGAACUUCAUUAGAGCAUUCUCCGAAUCAUUAGUAUCGCGUCAUUUUGGAGAAGACAUAGUCACCCCUUUAUAUGAUAAACUCAUAUAUUAUGCAUUCCAACAUUUGGAUCAUGCUCAACCUGCUCAGAACCACGCUGUUACAGUCUUGCUUAGAAAAAAAUAAGCAUCAUUAGAUUAUAGUAAAAAUUUCUUGUUUUUUUUUUUUUUUUCUCCCUUUUCCCCUGUUAUUCAUUCAUAGUAUAACACAAUUUAUAAUUUAAAUGCAUAUGUAUUCAUGUCUAUCGUGAAACAAAUUAUUUUUUUUUUCCGAGGUAAAAGAGGGAAUUAAUUCAUACGCAAAGAGUUAACAUAGUUUGGUUGGCUUCCCAUAGGAUAGCCCAAAAUUACAUCCUGGGGAUUUUCAUCCCGUGCUACCAUUACUAAGUCAUUCUCCAAAGCAUAAAUACAUAUAGUAGGAGGAAGAUCUACUAUAUUACAAAUCUGGUUCAAAAUAUUUAAAUUUCCUAUUGUAUCUUUCGCCAGGAUGUCAGCCACCUUGUUUUUCCCUCUUU